AGUAAACACAAAAACAACAAAAACACAAAACAUCACAAGAAAUGUCACCUCAAAGCGGAUCCGUUACUUCAAUCGGUGGCCACUACUAGACAGCCCACACACGCGGACCCGACGGACAACUGGGCACACACACGAAGACAUGGAUGUGAACGCGAACCGACCGGCGGGACAGCUGUUCGCCACGUCCUCCGAGUAUCUGUCGCUCGACUUCGGGGCCGUCGAGUCUGUCCACCGGUGGCGCCGAUGCGGCGAAUGCGAUGAGUUUGUCGGCAGUCGUCGCUCGAAGCACACGAUCGUGGCGUACAAGUCAUCCAUCUAUGUCUUCGGCGGCGACAAUGGGAAGCAUAUGCUCAACGAUUUGCUUCGUUUCGAUGUCAACGACAACUCCUGGAGCCGCGCCUUUACGGUCGGCACUCCGCCCACCAGUCGAUACCAUCACUCGGCCGUCGUCUACGAGAACUCCAUGUUUGUCUUUGGCGGCUAUACGGGAGACAUACACUCCAACUCGAAUCUGACCAAUCGGAACGACUUAUACGAAUACCGGUUCACGAGUGGCCACUGGAAUGAGUGGAAGUCGGACGUGAAGAGCGCGAUGCCUGUCCCGCGAUCGGCUCACGGGUGCGCCGUUUAUGACCACAAACUAUGGAUAUUCGCCGGCUAUGACGGCAACGCCCGCCUCAACGACAUGUGGACAAUAGCGUUGACCGGACCGAGCGAUCACCGCGUGUGGGAAGAGGUGCAGCAGAGCGGCGACUGUCCGCCCACGUGUUGCAACUUCCCGGUUGUGGUCGCGCGCGACUCGAUGUUUCUCUUCAGCGGCCAAUCGGGCGCUAAAAUGACAAACGAUUUGUUUCAGUUCCACUUCAAAGACAAACGUUGGACCCGAUUCGCCACCACUGAACACAUACUGAGAGGGGCGCCGCCGCCGCCCACUCGACGGUACGGCCACACAAUGGUUGCCUACGACCGGCAUCUAUACGUGUUUGGCGGUGCGGCCGACUCCACACUACCGAGCGAUUUGCACUGCUUCGACUUGGACACGACCACUUGGUCAGUGGUUCAGCCCUCGCUGGACAGCGAGAUACCGUCGGGUCGUCUGUUUCACGCGGCGGCCGUCAUCGACGACGGCAUGUAUGUCUUUGGCGGAACCGUUGACAACAACGUCCGCAGCAGCGAACUGUUCCGUUUUCAGUUCGGCUGUUACCCGAAGUGUACGCUUCACGACGACUUCGGACGACUCCUGGAGCGCAAACAGUCGGCCGCCGCCAAAGAGGAGACCAACUUCUAUGACCUGGAGUUCGUCGUGACAGACACUGUCACCGCCGACACCCGUACGGACAGCCCUCCACGCGAGGCCACAAUCCCGGCGCACAUAGCCUUCUGCGCCGCGCGUUCCCACUAUUUGCGGAACAAAAUACGCGCCGCACAAGACAUGAACCUGGAGUCCGGUCUCGUGACACCGCCCGCGGCCACCGGUGGCCGACACAGCAGUUUUGACGACAAACCGCGCCUUCAGAUACGCCUGAAGAACGUGAAUCCGGACGCACUGGAACUGGUGCUCAACUAUAUCUACACCGAUCGCGUCGACCCGAGCCGUACGAACGCCGCGGCCGACUCACUGAGCAAUAAGAUAGUGCUGCUAAUGAUGGACGUCUAUACGCUGGCCGUGCGCUUCCAGAUGAAACGUCUGGAGCACCUGUGCGUCCUAUACCUGAACGCCGCCAUCAAUCACAACAAUGUUUUGGUCGCCAUUCAAAACGCCGCGCAAUUGAAGUUGGAUUUCAUUAAAGAGUUUUGCAUGAAAUUCAUUGUGAAAGACAUCAACUACUCGUGUAUUGUAAUGAGCAGAGAGUUUGAGACACUGUCGCAGCCAUUAAUGGUUGAGAUUAUACGCCGGAAACAGGUGUCGAAGAAUUUGUCGGCGUUUGGGAACAGUCCGGACGGCUCGUCGUCCCCGGCGUUAAAACAAUCGCCGCAGUCGUCGACCACAAACCUCGCCGGCAUCGGGCGCUCGGAUAAGACUAACGGCGGCAACGGUUCCGGGAGUGGGGGCCAGAAGAACGGCUCCGCCAACACUUACGGCACUACUCUAGAGCAAGACAUGGAACUAUUCCUGACGGCGUCGGGCAAAGAGUUCUGCGACAUCACACUAAUGGUGGCCACACACCCGUUGAUGGCGCACAAGUCGGUGUUGGCCGCGCGGUCGGCCUACUUCGAGGCCAUGUUCCGGUCGAUGCCGCCGCACAACAACACCGUUCAGGUGACGAUCGGCGAAAUGGUGCCGUCGGUCCAGUCGUUUGAGACACUAUUGCGGUACGUGUACUGCGGAGAGGUGUCGAUGCCGCCCGAAGACAGCCUAUACCUGUUCACUGCGCCCAACUAUUACGGCUUUACCAACACUCGGCUCCAGACGUUUUGCAAACAGAACCUCGAGAUGAACGUGACGUUUGAGAAUGUGAUACCCAUUCUGGAGGCGUCCGACCGGAUCGGCGCCCACGAGAUGAAGCGCCACGCGUUGGAUCUGAUUGUCCAGACUUUCCCCAAAGUGGUCCGACUCUCGCGUUUCCGCGACCUGACCCGUGAGUUGUUGUUAGAUAUUGUGGACGCGUUGGCCGAGAAGAGUGCCGCCGACGGUGCGGAUCAGCCGCCGCCCGACCGCAUCGGUAUAUCCACUGACACUAUACUCAAUAUUUAGUGUCUAUUCAUUGAGAUAUCAAUGACCAGAGGGUGGGGGUUAGGGUCGAACCCAUUUGUAUGUAGUGUACCGUUAAUUAAAUGUGUGUUUUGUUUAUAACUAAUUAUAAUUAGUUUUUUCCAAUCAAAGCAUGUGUUCAAAACAGGCCCUAAUUAACAGAGUAUUUAUUUUUUAUGGGAUUACCGAUAAAUUAGCGAUAUUUUUGAGACUAUUUUUAGUACUAAUGUAAACAAAAACUAUCGAUAAAUUAAAACUAAUAUAAAUUUUCCAAAAAUAAUUUUCAAUAAUUUGCAUAAAGUUUUUCAAAAACUUAAAUCAU